GUGUGUGUGUGUGUGUGUGAGAGAGAGUGAGUGCGUGAGUGAGCGCGUGUGUUUGUGUGCGCGCGCGCAUGUUAAACGUGCUAUGCUGGUAUUUCUCAAGCCGUUUUAUCGGUGUGAUGGUGCACAUGCCCGUUUUAUCGGUGUGAUGGUGCACAUGCCCGUUUUAUCGGUGUGAUGGUGCACAUGCCCGUUUUAUCGGUGUGAUGGUGCACAUGCCCGUUUUAUCGGUGUGAUGGUGCACAUGCCCGUUUUAUCGGUGUGAUGGUGCACAUGCCCGAAUGCUUUGCUGCAUUUUAUUCUGCUCCACGCGCGCGCACUACGGCAGUGGAAGCGAAUGUGAUCAGAGACUUUGCGCAUCGGCUUUAAUAUAACGGGAUGCAUUCAGGAAGGUGAUGGAGACCCACCGUGUCUUUUUACAUGAUCUAUACUCCAGCCGUUCAGACCCAUCUGAUGAUCCGAACAUGACCGACAGGAUGGGAAGAUGAUCCACCAAAGCGCGCGCCAAACAAACCCAACAUCCCGGAGCCACAGCGCGUGCGACCCGUGAGUGAUUUAUCGGCUGAAAUAAAGCGGGACCUCGGGAUGGUAGAAACGCUGAGCAUCGCCGUGAUCGGAGCUUCCGGCGUGGGCAAAACUUCCAUCAUCCGCCGAUUCGUGUACGACGACUUCUCCGAGACGCACAGCCCGACCCGCGCGCGACGCGUCUACAGACCGUCGGUGGUCCUCAACGGCCACAUGUACGAGCUGAAGAUUUUGGAUGUCCCGCCAAUCGCCGCGUUUCCCUCCAGCCCUGCGCAGGAGUGGCUGGAUGCACGUUGCAGAGGGGUGCGUAACGCCAGCGCCUACAUCCUGGUCUAUGACAUCUGCUGUGUUGAGAGCUUUGAAUAUGUCAAGAUGAUACGACAGCAGAUUGUAGAUAACAGAGAGGGCAGCAGCAGCAGUAGUGAUGUUCCCAUCCUGGUGGUAGGCAGUAAGAGAGAUCUGCAGAGGCAGCGUUUUGCUCAGCGCCGCACCGUCUCUGUGCUGGUGAAGAAGACAUGGAAGUGUGGCUAUGUGGAAUGUUCUGCCAAGUUCAACUGGCACGUUCUCCUGCUCUUUAAAGAGCUGCUGGGCAUCGCAGUGGCCAGAGGACUCCGCCACAACCACACCUCCAUCCGCCUGCAGGGGGCACUGCACAGGAACCGCUGCUCCAUCAUGUGACCAAUCACGCAGGAUCGUGUGACGCAGAAUUUCCAUCGGUUCUGGAUUUGUUUUAUUUUUCUUCUACACAAAGAGAAAUGAAUCGAUUGCACCGUCAGAUUCCGAUAAGACAUUUCUCAUAUCUAGGAAAUUGUUUAGAGACAGAAAGAGAGACAAACAGACAGAGAGACAGACAGUAAGAGAGGGAGAGAGGGAGCGAGAGAAAGACAGAAAGAAAGAGAGAUUGAUAAGAUUUCUGCUUCGCUAUCACAGAGAUUUUAAUUUACUGCUCUCUCUCUCUCUCUCUCUCUCUCUCUCUCUCACACACACACACACACACACACACACACACACACACACACACACACACACACACACACACACACACACACACACACACACACACACACACAAAAACGGCUGCAAAAGCCUCCUGCAUGUCAUUCUUUGGUAGCAUUUCUUUUGUCUCCGUCGAUCCACAUCACUCUGAGGUCAUUUCAGCAAAAUGGCUGCCAAAAUCAAACGUAGCAUUUGCGAGAAAUAACGGCUAGCUAGCUGCGUUUCUCCGCUAAAUUUCCUGAUUGUGACUUUUUUACAGCACUAAAAAUGAUUUAAGCAGACAAAUAAAUUGCUGUGAAAAAUCUCUACACCUUUUCCCUCCAUAUAAAAUAACAGGCUUUAUGAAUAAGCAUGAAUAUGGACAACAUCCAACUUAGCAAAAUCAGCUAGCUGGCUGCUAGCAACCUAGCUUGAAGUAACCUCACCUGACCUUGGCAUCGUUUACUAAUCUGCAUAUUGAACAUGAUUGGUUGAAAGUCAUAGACCUGAAUAAGUGACAUCACAAUGUGAGUGUAUCCUCGUCAUAAAUCAGAUUCAUACAAAAAAAACAGAAAGUCUUUCAACAAAAAUGUGAUUAUAAUGUUGGCUAUUGAACAUGAGCUAUAUUAGUGACAUCACCAACACAUGAAGCUCCACCCCCAGAUUACACAGAAAUACUGAGACUGAAUAAUAAGUUUAACUGAAGCAGUUAAUUAAAGCAGAAAAUUCUCUAGUUAUUUGCAAAUAUUACACUUUUAGCAUCGUUUAGAGUCCGAAUCAUAAUAUUGUCCAAAAAAAACACUUUCGUUUCAGUGUAAGCAUUACAGAGAUCCAUGUGGAUGGACGCUCUCAUAAACGACGCCAUGUUUCCAUCCAGAUUAAAGUCCCUUUGUAGAUGCACAAAGCUAAUGUAUAUAUAAAUAUGCCAGCUAUUCUUAUGGAGUUUUCUCUGCAGCCAGAUUGCUCACGUUUCCUGUUUCUGUUGAUGAGAAAGGAUCUACAGAAACAUCAGAAAUAUCUCUAGUGCUUAAGACACAGCGUAUACAACAGCACAGCGUAUACUAAAGCAAAAAAAAACGUCUUCCUUUAGAGCGUUAAUGAGAUCCAGGCAUCUGUAGCUCGACUUCUGUGGCUUAACACUGAUUAACGAUAACACACACACACACACACACACACACACACACACACACACACACACACACACACACACACACACACACACACACACACACACACACACACACACACACACACACACACACACACACACAGUGACAUAAGCCAUGGAAAUCAUGCUGUUUGCUCUGAAUGCAGUGAACAACACUGAUGCGCUUCUUCCUCUUUUAUAAACAACGUUAAAUCCAAAGUGGAUUCCCAACUUCCACCUCGGAGAUCAUGCAAAGCCUGGAAUCAUCCGAGUCCUCAGGACGGGGUUCAGGAAUCACUGACAAGUGAAAAUGUUUUUUACUGCAUGUUAAUGAUAUCAAAAAUAAGAAGCCUUAAACAUCGCACGUUUGGACAUUUUACUGACAGGAACCAAAACACGUCCUCAAAGGUGUGACACAGACACACAGACACUCAGACACACAGACACUCAAACACACAGACAUUCAGACACUCAGACACACAGACACUCAAACACACAGACACACAGACACUCAGACACACAGACACUCAAACACA